AUGGCCGCCGCCGUCGCCGCCACGCCGUUCCGCAAGACGGAGACCUACACCGACACUAAGCGCCGCGACGACGUCCGCGGCGCCAACAUCGCCGCCUCCUGCGCCGUUGCCGACGCGGUGCGCACCUCCCUCGGGCCGCGCGGCAUGGACAAGAUGAUCUCCUCCGGGGACAACAACGUCACCAUCACCAACGACGGCGCCACCAUCGUCUCCCUCAUGGCCCUUCUCCAGCCCGCCGCCCGAAUGCUCGCCGACGUGUCCCGCUCCCAGGACGCCGCCGCCGGCGACGGCACCACCAGCGUCGUCGUCCUCGCCGGAUCCUUGCUUCGCCGCGCGCAGUGCCUCAUCGCCGCCGGCGCGCACCCCACGGCCGUCGCCGACUCCCUCCACCGCCUCGCCGCCCGCGCCGUCCAGGUCCUCCAAGGCAUGGCCAUCCCCGUCGAGCUCUCCGACCGGGACUCCCUCGUCAAAUCUGCAUCCACGGCACUCAACUCCAAGGUCGUCUCCCAGUACUCCACCCUCCUCGCCCCCCUCGCUGUCGACGCUGCGCUCUCUGUGGUUGAUCCCGCCCACCCAGAGCUCCUAGAUCUCCGCGGCAUCCGCAUUAUCAAGAAGCUUGGCGGCACCGUCGAUGAUACUGAGCUUGUCCGGGGCCUCAUCUUUGACAAGAAGGCUAGCCAUGCUGCAGGGGGGCCAUCUCGGAUCGAGAACGCCAAGAUCGCUGUCAUACAGUUUCAGGUGUCUCCGCCCAAGACCGACAUUGAGCAGAGCGUCAUCGUGUCAGACUAUGCCCAGAUGGACCGCAUCCUCCGCGAGGAGCGCAACUACAUCCUGGGGAUGGUCAAGAAGAUUAAGGCGUCUGGAUGCAACGUGCUCCUCAUUCAGAAGAGCAUCUUGCGCGAUGCCGUCACCGAUCUGUCUCUACACUAUCUCGCGAAGGCCAAGAUUCUGGUGGUGAAGGAUGUGGAGAGGGAUGAGGUUGAGUUCGUCACCAAGACUCUCAACUGCCUGCCGAUCGCCAACAUCGAGCAUUUCCGUGAGGAUAAAUUUGGGCACGCCGAUCUUGUUGAGGAGGUGUCUGUCGGCGACGGCAAGAUUGUGAAGAUCACCGGUAUCAAGGACAUGGGGAGGACUGCCACCGUGCUUGUCCGUGGGUCCAACCAGCUGGUUAUCGAUGAAGCCGACCGCAGUCUCCAUGAUGCUCUAUGUGUCAUCAGAUGCUUGGUGAACAAGAGGUUCCUCAUCGCUGGUGGCGGUGCGCCUGAGAUAGAGAUGUCAAUGCAGCUGGCUGCUUGGGCAAAGGAGCUCCAUGGGAUGGAGAGUUACUGCAUCAAGGAGUUUGCUGAUGCGCUCGAGGUAAUCCCCUACACCCUGGCAGAGAAUGCGGGGCUCAGUCCGAUCACUGUUGUUACCGAGCUAAGGAACCGUCAUGCCAAGGGUGAGAAGAACACCGGCAUCAAUGUGAGGAAAGGCCAGAUCACAAACAUCCUGGAGGAGAAUGUCGUGCAGCCGUUGCUGGUCAGCACCAGCGCCAUCACGCUGGCGUGUGAGUGUGUUAGAAUGAUCUUGAAGAUUGAUGAUAUUGUGACUGUAAGGUAAGGUCGUAUGGAGGAUUAUCCCUUCUGGAUUGCAUUAUUGUUCUGAACUUCUCUGUGGUGGGGGUGCCCGCUUUGGCCCUGUCUAGUUCUGUCCGGCUUGAGUUUAUUUUUAGGUUUACUACAAGUUA